GAGCAGCAAAUGAAAAUUAGCGUGUGUAAUAAAUGUGUGUGUGAAAAGUGACUGGGCGUAAGGGUUUUUAUCGCAAAGGUAAAACAAAACACGGACCAAAAUAAUUGUUGUAAGGCUGUUGUUGUUGCGAGGAGGCAAAAUUUAAUUGCCGCCCACCCUGGCGCCUAUUGAAAUGGCUAAGACUGCUGCUGGCCAGUAUGUUCGUAAAAAGCAUUUAAACUGCCGCCUGACAUGGACUCAAUAACAAAAACAACAUCGAUACGAAACAUUGCUGAGCCGAGUUGUAAAUAGUUAAAAAUAUAUGAAAAUGAAAACGAUAACGCCGGAUACAUUAACAUCAGCAUCAGCCGCGCCGCAACAUCAGCAGCAGCAGCCUCAACAUCAGCAGCAGCUGCAUCUACAGCAACAACAUAAACAACAUUUGGCCGCCAUCAUUCCACAACAACAACACAUAACACCUGUGAUUAUGGAAGCAACAGCGCAUGUGAAUCUCGUGGAUGACGAUGAUGAAAAGGAUCCACUGGCAUUGGAGCACACAGCAGUAACAGAGGCGCCACAGGAACAACAGCAGACACAUAACUCAACACUGGCGAAUAAGCACACACAUAGUCUGAGACGCCACCUGCCACGCAUCAUUGUGAAACCUAUACCACCUGAGAAAAAGUCAACGCUACCUAGUGAGGAUGUGUUGCUUAACGCUGGUCUACAACCAGCUCCAGCGUUGUUUGUGCCACCAAGCAUUGCCUCGACAACGGUAGCAGCAACAGCGACUACUAUUGCUGCUGCUGGGGCUAUUACUGCACCUACGCCCGUGCGCGGCAUCAGCAGUCGACGCAUACAACAACAACAGCAAGCCAAAGCAGCUGCAGCAGCGGCGGCGGCAGCUGCAGCAGCAGCAGCGGCGGCUGCCGCAGCAGCUAAUGCAAAUGUGACUGCCUCACCAGGCAGCGGCAAAGCAGCAACCCAAACAUCCACAAUGCGUGAGGUGUUGGCUUCGAUACCGGGCUUUAGUGUGAAGCCGCGUCGUCGCAGCAACAAAAAGUUAACGACUGCCGCGCAAAUUGAGCAGACAAAAGAUGGCAAAAUCGAUUUGGAAACACCCGAUUCGAUAUUGGCAUCGACGAAUCUGCGCGCCCUGCUUAAUAAGCAAACAUUCUCAUUGCUGCCGCCGCUGUAUCAACAUAAUCUCAUACAGCUGCUGCCGAGCGUAGAUCGUGAGGCCAGCGAGGUGGUGCAGCACCAGCAACAACUGCAACAGCAGCAGCAGCCAGAACAACCAUGCACUAGCAGCAGCAACCCAGAAGCAAUUCGUUUAAGCGCCUCCUGCCUGAAUAAUGAGUUCUUUGCACGCGCCUGUUUGGAGUGGCGUGAACGUCUUAGUGAAGGCGAAUUCACGCCCGAAAAUCAAAUUAAGCUGAAAACGGAAGCGGAACGCGAAAAGAAUAAGUUAGAUCCAUGGAAGGUCAAGCAUUUCGAACCCUAUUGGGGCGAAAAGAUUGCAAAGCGUGCGCCGAAUGUAAACCCGCCUAGUAGCAAAAUAAAGCUCGAGCCGAUAAGGCAGCAGCAUCAACAACAACCAAUAGCUGCAGCACCGGCACCGCCACCAACAACAACACAGCAGCAAAAACUACAACAAGCAACAUGUGAUAAUGAGACUGAACUGAAAUUUAAUACGAGCACAAAGUGCGAAUUGACAACCACAACAACAGCAGCAACAACACCCGAAACAUCUGGUUGUGCCGCAUCAGCUGCAACAGAAACAGCACAAGCAACAACAAUAACUGUUGCAACAGAAACAACAAUCAGUAGCAGCAAUGCUUUAACGGAGCAACAGCGACGCCUGCUUAAACGACCGUCGAGUAGCCCUUCGCGACGCAAGCGCAGCGAUCCGAUUAAUAUGGCUGAAGAGAAGGAAGAGCUGCCUAGCACGUCAAAAGAGAGCAAACAAAUGAAGCGUGAAUCAGCUGAUAUUGUUCCUAAUAAUGCCAUGGCAAAUGUUCAAGAUGUUGUUGAUCAUGUAGCAGUAGCAGUAGCAGCGACAACAACACAUGCAAUAACUAACAAUAGCCAGCAGCCACUUAUCAACAGUACCUGUGAUAAAAUUGAGACACCUGAUGCACAGACAACAACAGUAGCAACAACAACGACAGCGACACCAGCAAACUCAACAAUCACAAACGCAAUACCAGCAGCAACAUCAACAAUUGCAGACCCAAUCAGUAAUUUUGCGGGCUAUUUGCAAAAUGUAGAGCUGGCAGAAGAUACCAAAGCAACGGAUAAUGUUGCCACAGAAGCAACAGCAACUGCGUCAACAACAACCAACAGCCAUGAUUUUGUAUUUGCCGAUACGAUUGAUCAUGCCUACUUCCAUGAUCACCAAGCAGCCAUCAGCCACGCCUACUACUCAUCAUCAUCAUCGCCCAAUUCGACAGCAACAAUCAUAAAGGUUAACGAUCAUUGUGAUAAGCAGCUGGAGGAUUCGGGAAUGACUCUAGCUAUGUCUAUGCCCUUGGCUAGCAGUUCAACAGGCUCAUCGCUGACCAACACCACGCCAGCUAGCUCGCUAGCAUCUAGUAGUUGCACAUCAUCUUCGCUAUCAUCAUCGCUCUCCUCGUCUUGCUCCAGCAGCAAUUCUUCCUCAACGGCUGCAACCACAACGACAGCAGCGGGAGCGGGGGCUGCAGCUUCGCCGCUAUCACUGGGAACGCCGGCGGAAACAACAUUAGCCAAUAUGCAUGCUAUGCUCAGCACGGUAGCCACGUUGCAACAACAGCAGCAGCAGGAGCAACAGCAUCAUCAACAGGUGGAGUUGCCCGUAGAAUUAAACUCCAGCGAAAUGUUUCAAAAUGUGCAACACGAUUGGAAUUUUGGUGGCAUCAAAUUGCUGGCACCACCACCGACGCAAGCAACUGAAAAUUCAGUGGGGCGAUUGCAACAACAGGUCGAUCAGCAUCUGAAUCAUGAGGACAUUCAAUUGAUGGACGUGGUGCAUGAGCCCGAGGAGGAGGAGGAGGUGAUUGACGAUAUGGUCGAAUGCCACAAUCUGCUGGACAAUGAUGAAGAGGAAGACGGAGAUGAAAUCGUGGACGAGGAUGAUGAGGAUGUGGUUGAAUGUAUAGAUGCGGAGCAACAGGAGCAGGAUGAGUUAAUGAACGAAAUGGUGGAACAUGUUAUGGAUGUCAGCGGUGGCGAUGCCGUGCAAGAUAUUGUGGACAAGCUGCAGCAACAGCAACAACAACAGCACCAACAGCAACAGCUUCAGGCGCAGUUACAAGAUGUUGUGCAAUUGACGCAGCAUUCCUUUAUGACGCAGGGGCACAGCAGCGACUUCGCGAAUGAGAUCUCCCACGAACUGCUUUGUGAUGCGGUGCCCAUGUCCGCUGCCGAAAUGGAAGUCUCCAGCACUGUUAUUACGAACAGCAGCAACAGCAAUGACAGCAGCAACAAUCUGAGCCUGUGCAGCAGUAGUAGCAGCAGCAUUGCCAUCAAUCAGUUAGCCCAACAGCCAGCUGCUGCUGCGACCGCUGCGCCAGCACCGCAGCAACAGCAGCGUCAAAUAUUGGUGGACUCGAAUGGACAAAUCAUUGGCAACUUUUUACUACAGCAACAACAACAGCAGCAGCAACAGCAACAGCAACAACAGCAGCAGCAACAACAACGUCAACAGCAGCAAUUACAACAACAGCAGCAGCAACUAUUGCAACAAUUCACAUUGCAAGCAGCCGCACAGCAGCAACAACAGCAGCAGGCAACCAGCAGCAAUUCGCUACAUAAAGCGCUGCCCGUAACCCUGCGCAAACCCUUCGAAAUCAACAGCAAUGGCGCACAGCAAUUCUUAACGCCCAAUUUGUUGCAGCAGCAGCAACUGGAACAAAAACAACAACAGCUGCAACAAUUUGCGUUACAGGCUCAGCUGCAUCAGCGACAGCUGCUGGCACAAGCAGCCAACAACAAUCUUCUGCAACAACAGCAGCAACAGCAAAUUCAGCAGCAGCAAACUUACCAGCAGCAGCAACAACAACAACAGCAAGCAGUGGUUCCACCCAAGUUCAUAGCCAAGCCGCUGAAUAUUAUAUCCAUGACACGACCCGCCAACGCGUCCCCCAAUACAGCAGCAACAGCGGCUGUGCCCACAGCAGCUACCAAUAAUGUCCAAAUUCCGUCCAGCUAUGCAAACGUAGUGACAGCGCAACAACAGGUCAAUCACAACAGCAACCUGCAGCAGCAGCAGCAGCCGCAGCAACCACAAACAUUGCAGUUGCAGACCGUUGCAACAGUUAACAAUGUGCUGACCAUGAAAACGUUGCCGCCAUCGGGCGUGCCUACAACAAUUGCCCAGCAGCGACUGCAGCCAAAGAUGCCCACGGGGAAAGGACGCAAGGCAACGACCAAUCGUUUGCCACCAGGAGCUGUUAACCUAGAGCGCAGCUAUCAAAUCUGCCAGGCUGUCAUACAAAACAGUCCGAAUCGUGAGAACCUCAAGGCGCAGCUGCGCCCGCCAGCGGCAAUUCUCAGCCAGCAGCAGCAACAGACGACGCCGACGCCAACAACUGCUGUGAGCAGCAGCAAUGCAACAAUUAAUGUGUCCACAGUGGCAGCCACGCCCAUGAAUAAUGUGCCAGCAGCAGCGACUGUCGCUGUGUCGGCUCCAGCACAAAAUCUACUCAAGCAGGAAGAGCUGCCAGCCCUACCGCCCAAUGUCCUGGGUGUGGGCAGACCGGGUGUUUAUAAGGUCAUAGGUCCGCGCAUGAGCGGUUUUCCGAGGAAGAAGUACGUGCAGCGCAAGCCGUCGCCUACAACUGUGAUGAGGCACCUGCUGACAGCUACGCCUGGUGCAUCCAGUCCGCAACAACAGCAGCAACAGUUGGUCACGCAACAAUCCAGCCAAGAACAGCAGCAGCAGCUGCUGCAUCAGAAUGGCACGGGUCAAUAUGUGCUGGUGCAUCGCGCUAAUGUGGGCGCAGCUGAUAAUCAGGCACCGCGGGCUUCCAGUGCGCCACCUUUACACCAAAAUCAGUUUGUUGCCGUUCAGAAUUCGCUUCACAGCCUUAAUGGCAUUAGUAUGGGCGGACGCGGGCGUCCGGCUUCAGUGGACAACAACAAUAGCACAGGCAACGAUACACUGCAUCAUAACGAGCUGCAGCAACAACAGCAGCAGCAACAACAACAACAGCAACUCAGCAAUGUCAACGCGGCUGCGAAUAUUGUGCGGCGCAAUAUCGCUGCAGGUACCAACAUUACCUAUAUAGACAACAGCAACUCGUCGGCAACUCUUAUGGAUGCAGCCAAUAACUACAUCGUGACGACUACAGCAGCAACAACAACAGCUGCCGGAGGUUCUGUAACGACACCGCAAACAACACAGCAGCCACAACAGCAACAACAGCAACAUGCUCUAAUCCAACUGCAUCAAAGCGGAGAGAACACGCCGCCAGGCAACGAGGCGGCCAACAAUGGUUGUGCCUGUGCUUUAAACGCGAUGGUCAUUUGCCAGCAAUGCGGUGCAUUCUGUCACGAUGAUUGCAUCAGCGCAUCGAAGCUGUGCGUGUCCUGUGUGAUCAGAUGAGAGCUAAGCCUCCAGAUGCAACUUGACAACGUAUUAUAGUAAUAUAUAGAGUUAAACCUAUUUAGAUGCAAUGCUAAUGCUAUAUUCUGUAUAUACAUAUAUAUAUAUCGAAAAAUCAGUUCGAGAGAGGAAGAGUAUACAAUGUUGAAUACCAACCACUCCUUUUUUACCCAGACAAUUUGUAAGCUAGACUAUAGAAGCGAACCCAAUUAUAAAAACCAAGUGCAGAGGCUUAGAUACACUGAAAGUAAGAAAAAAUGAAAGCUAAUGCUGAUAAACGCUUACACGAAAAGCAAACACCUUUUGUAUAAAGAAAGUUGCUAUAAAAAAAGCUUAAUAUUCAAUCAAGUGUUGUGUAUUACGUGUAUGUAUACUCUCCAAAAUAAGGGUAUUACAGCAGCACAUAAAAAAAUUAAAAUGAUGAACAGAUUAACAAAAAAAACACUCAUUGUAAUUAAAACAAAA